CGUGCUAGAUAAGAAAAGAUAAAAAGACGACAUUUUUUUUUUUUUAAAUAUAAUUAAAUUUUUUACAUCACAACCUAUAACUUUUACAAUCCAUGGUUAUUUUGAAUGAUAUUAACAUUCAAAUGGCGAAUAAAAAAAAUGUAAAUGUAGAGGACUGCAAGGUGGAACUCACUGAAUUAGUCAAAAAAAGAAAGGAAAUAGCUGAAACUCUUGCAAAUUUGGAAAGACAAAUAUAUGCAUUUGAAGGUGGUUAUCUUGAGGAUACUUCACAAUAUGGUAAUAUUGUCAGAGGAUGGGACAAAUAUCUCUUUACAAACAAGUCUGCAUUCGGUAAAAAUAAAGGAUCAUCUUCCGAUAAACCUAAUCACAGAAAAUUCAAAGAGAGUGAAAGGCUCUUUUCCCAUUCAUCUGUCACAUCUCGAGCUGCUAUAUCUAAUAUUCCUCAAGAUGUUGAUUGUGAUCCAUUUGUGCUUAAUUCGCCGCCAAUCAAAAAUUCUUCUAACAUUUCCAACGCCUCACUUAACAGUAGUAGCACUUCUUCCCUUCACAAAACGAAUGAUCCCGUCAAAAGCGAAAAUGUUUCAUCUAACAUUGCGUUGGUAAAUAAGAACUAUAAACCUCUCGAAAACGACAUAAAAUACUUGGUUAAACCUACGGAAACCUCAUCCUCUACAAGUGCCGUCUCUAAUAAUGCGAACAGCUCUUGUACCCCGAAAAACUCCAAAAACGCGCCCAGUAGUACUAACAUAUUCGACACCUUAAAUUUGAAUACGGAUAAGCCAAUCGUUCCAGUAAAUUUGACAAAACCCGCCAACAUUCAUCACAAAAGGGUCUAUAAAAGAGCCAGAUACAAAUGAUUCUUCUUUCUUUUCUCCAUUAAAUUUUAAAUAUACUUUUAUUAUUUUCAAGUUUUUUAUUUUGAAUUUAGAGAAAAUCAAAUAUAGCUCGAUAGUUCCAUGA